CACGGCUUCCCGUCAUGCACCGGGGCAUUACAUAUAAUCGCUUCCUCGGCGCCCGCUCGGCUCCAUUUUACACAAAGAUCCCCCCCACACCCCGUAAGUGGAGACAAGAUGGCGUCCAGCGCUCUCAUCAAAGUGAAGAUCCAGAGAAGCAUACCGGCUAAAGGCGACGAGGGAUCCGCCGAGGGUUCAGCCGGCAGUAACGGGGCUGUGGAGGAGAGCAAGGAGUCCAGGUGAGCAAUGGCGGGCUCUCCGUGUAGGCCCCGGCUAGUCGCGCGAGCCUCGGUGUUUCCUGCAGCACUGGCCGGCCUCGGUGACCGCCUCCCCGGGCAGGCAGGCAGGGAGUGCUGCAGGCUCCGCUACACGUGUGGGGCUUUCUCUGUUACUAUUAUUAUUUAUUCUAGCUGUCGCAGUGUAUGAAUGAAUGGCUGUCUGGUGUGUUGGACUAGGAUUUAGUUAUAGAAGGGCUGAUAGAUACAUUUGUUUUUUUUUUUUAUUAAAAAUUUUUGAGCUUUUUAUUAAUCUACGUAUGAAAGGGCUGCUGGCUUUUUUUAAAUUUUAUUUUGUUAGGGCUUAUAGGUGUAACCAAAUAAUCAGCCUGAACCUGGGAGCAAGCAGCUUAAUGUAACUCCUACAGCAAGAACACCUCCAUUUAUAUAUUCUGAUUAUUUGAUAUUUAAAGGAACUGAAUAACUGGUGGUGGAACGUCCAAGCUGGUUUUCAGCUUCAUUGAUCCGGAUUAUUUAGAUUUUUUUUUUUUUUUGUGUGAACAAUGCUUGAUCCUUCAUAGGAGUUAGGCAUGCAGCAAUGGAUUUAACAUUUUAAUUUAAAAUGCUUUUACAAUUGCAGAUGUACAAUGUUAAAGUUGUUCAGUUGGGCAUGUUAUAUACCUCCUGUGCUCUCUUAACUGUUUCAUUGUUUUCCAUAGCUGUUUAUUGUGGAUUUGAUGAACGUGUGUCUCAUCACAUUUUUGCUUGUAUCCUAGAAAUCAAUGUGUUCCACGUGUAAUGCAUUGCUGAGCAGAAUUUAUUAUUUAUUAAGAUUAGGACUUGCUGGUGAAUGUGUUUACUGCACAUUUGGUCAUUGUUAAUCAAUAUAACACUAAUGAAAUGCUAAGGGCAGUGAUUUGUGGGACAGUCUGCUAACUUGGUUAACGUUUCUUAGUGUUGGUCUUGGUAGUACUAGGUAACCGCAUGUUUGUUUUGCUAUUUAUUGCAAAUGUGCUUCUCAUCCUUCAAACACUAGAACAACUUUUGCUUUAAGGGACGCUAUAGACAAUAGAACUACAGCUUAAUGUUGUUUUGGUGUCUACAGUCUGUCCUUGCACACUUAAUGUAAAGGAGGAAAGGCAGUGUUUACAUUACUGUAGUAACAUCUCUAGUGGCAGUCACUCAGCUGGCCACUAGAGGUGCUUGCUGAGUCAGUGAUACUGAAUGCUCCCAAUAGAUGCAUUGAUUCAAUGCAUGUCUGAGAUGUUGACUGGUGCAGUGCAGAAUUCAGCAGUGUAUGUGUCAUAGCCUUCUUAUGCGUUCCUAUGGGAAAUGGUUUGAUUACCUACAUUGGAAGUAGGGAUUGACCAAUGUGGUUUUUUUUUUGGUUUGUUUUUUUUAGAGCAGAUACUGAUAAUCUGAACAGUGUGUGUGCGUAUAGUGUGCGUGCAUAUAGUGAUGUUAAAGGGAUUGUUAAAGGGAUUCUCCAGUGCCAGGAAAAAAAGAAAAAAAAACUGUAGUGCCCCUCUCCCUCCAACCCCACAUCCCAAGUUGCUGAAUGGGUUACUACUGAAUAAUGCUUUCCUAUGGGGAGGUCUAAUAUGCAUGUGCGGCCAUUGUCGCGCAUGCACAUUAGGACACCCCUGCUGCCCCCUCCCCUGCCGUCAGCUGGCGGGGGUGUCCUAAUGUGCAUGCGCGGCAAUGGCUGCGCACAUGUAUUAGACUUCCCCAUAGGAAAGCAUUAUUCAGUAGAUAUCUGCAAUGCUGGGGGUGCUCACAUAGCGUGAGGACGUCCAGCGUGGCUUAAAACACUUUUCGUGUGUGUGUGUGUGUGUAUAUGUAUGUAGUAGUGGGGGCACAGCACGCUUACUUUCCCAGCAGCUCUCCUGUCUAACUCUCGCGGAUGGUGUGCCAUGCGGAGCGUUGCCAUGGUAGCCCGUUUCAACACUCUGACGGCCGUGGGACUUGCGAGAGUUAGACCGGGAAGGUAAGAGUAUGCUGUGCCCCCCAGGACCCUGGUGGCGGCCCUAGUCUGCAAUACCUGUAUCUUUAUUGGCCGAUACCGAUAUUGCUGAAAAUACAGACUAUUGGCCAGACCGAUAAUCUGUCAAUCCCUAAUUGGAAGGAUACCAGGACACUCCAGGUACCAUAGCCAUUACUCUGUGCUGUAGUGGUUAUGGUGUUUGGUAUGAUCCUUGAAUUGAGUUCUCCAUUGAAAAUCUAAUUAUUUAUUCACUGUAUAAUCUACACCUCUAAAGAAAACAUGGCUGUUUGAUUGUUAUGCAUGUUUUGGGGAUAUAUGAACAAAUAACUUGCAUAGGUUGCAGAUCUUGUGUGUGCAAGCCUCCCCUCUUUCCCGUGCGCAGACUUUUAACUUGUCUUAUGUGUCAAAUGAUCAAAUUAUUUUUCAGUGAUUCAGGACAGCAGAAUGAUAAGCGCAAGGAGAAGACCGUUAAGAAAACAAGUCGCUUCGAACCCUAUAAUCCACAGAAACGGUAUAGAGCAUUCAUCUCCAAUAUUCCCUUUGAUGUCAAGUGGCAGUCGCUGAAAGAUCUUGUUAAGGAAAAAGGUAAUGGUCAUCAUGCAGACUUGGACUGCUGCCUUCAUUAUUUUUCACCUCUUCUGUCUGGAACUCUGUUUCAGCUUUGACGUGUUGUUGGCUGGCACUUUGUGCCCUGAUUUUCGGCAUCGGUUAAAUUAUACAUCUGCCUUGGAAACGAUCUUUAGAAGGUGGUGGUUCUGUGUUUAAAGUUUGGUAAAGAUGCCUUUAUUUUUACAAUAUCUUUAGAGGCUAGUGAUUAACUUUUUAUAAUGAGCCUCUUGCUUGAAUUAUGUUAAGCACAUGACCAUAAUGUGGCUUACAUUUUCAAAUUCAUUGUAAUUUGGUUGUUUAUACAGUCUCAAUUUGCUCUUUGCUCCUUUGACUACUUUAUGCACACGGUAAAUAUUUCCUUGGUAAUUCACUCUAGUAGUAAAAUUAGCACCUGUCCAUGUGAAAAUGCCUUUGGCUUUUUAACUGGAAUACAGGACAGAUCUGAAAAUUAGCUUGGGUAUAAAAAUUUGUCACCGAACUGACACAAAGGUAUGUUUUUCUUUUUACUGUGUUCAUAAAUGUUUGUAGUGGGCUCACCUGUUGUGUGAUGGCUGUUAGUUUGACUGUGCAUCUUGUGAUAUGGUUGUGGUUAGCUGCUCAGCGGCUUAGGGUCCAAAUUUAAUAGGUGAAGUGCAUCAAAUGACUUCAUUAUGAGCUUCCAGUUGAAACUCUGCUCCUUAAAUUCCAGUCAUGUGUAUUCUCCGAUGUAUAAUUUUUGUGUGCUUUUUGAGAAGUUGUAUUCAAGUUGCUGUAGUAAUAUUCUCCCAGGUCAAAUUUUAGUUUUGAAAUCUCUAAUCUUCUACUACCAAUGCGAAACGAGGCUGGCCUUCAAUAUUGGAUUAAAUGUUAAAGAUAAAGAGUUUGUGGUCUAAGCUUGAGACACGUCUGUGUUCAUCCAUUUGAUCAGUUCUAAAAACAAAAUCACUUAUUAGAUCCUUAUCUUUGGGAUCGUUAAUUUAAUAUUGAUACAUUUAUUUAAAUUGUAUGUUUUUAAAUCCAAAAGUAGAGCUGGUGUUAUUGAACUGUAGUUGGUGCCUCCUAUUUUUUUUUUCUUCCAUUGGUAUUGAAUUUAACAUGCUGUAUCUUCAGACUGGUUCUCACAGGCUGUGUAUGUAAUCCUGUUAGGAUCUGUCUAUGCCUCUUGGUAACUUAUUCAAAUUGGGAUUUGUCAGGAUCUUGUUUAAAAGUGUGCAGUGCAACACUUCUUCCCUCCAUGAUCUUAUUACUUUCGUUAAUGCUUCUACACAAAUGUAAUGGGUUUUGUUUUGAGUAAAUCGAUUUGCCUUUAUCCGGUAUAUUUUGAUUAAUGCUGGGAAAUAUUUCAUGAAGACCAGAUAGCUGUUUUUUAUUUUAACUAUAUGCAAAUUCUUGCUUUAAAUGUAUUCUCUAAGCACCAAAAACAAUUAAAUUUUUUUCGGUGUACAGAUCAUUCCCCUGCAGUGUCAUUGCUAUAUACUCUACCAUUUAGGAGUUAAAAGAACACUAAAACAUUCAGAAUACAUGUUCUUAUUCAUAAUGGUUUACUGUCCAUGUCCCCAUGACUGAGCCUAUGUCUCCUGCAAGGUAUCGGAGGAGGCAAGUUCUCCUCUGCCGAUGUCCAAUCCAUUGCUCUUCAUAGAAGAGCAUUGGUGAUGCACAUGUGCCGAUUUCAUUCAAGCCUCCCCUUAGUAAAGCAUUGAGCGAGUGCUUUCCUAUUGGGGCUUUUGCAUCAGAAUUGCCUCUAGUUGUUGUCAGUAUGAUAGCAACUAGAGAAGGUUUUAUCCCUUCCAUGUAAGCAUAGUAGUUACUUUAAAGGACACUAUAGGUACCCAUGUAUGUCAAUGGAGUGGUCUGUGUGCCAUGUACUUGUAGUUUUAAUCCUGCAACUGAAAAAUUGCUGUUCUGCAGAAACGACAGUUUACGUUGCUAGAUUUAAAUAUUCCAUUACGAAUACAUGUGUGUGUUCCUUUAAACUGUAAUGUCUUACAUUGCAGGGUUACAAGCACAGAACCACUUCUCCCGAAAUGAAGUGGCUUGGGUGUCUUUAGUGCUCCUUUCAAUCAUGUGUAUGCAGUCCUAGCCACACCUGCUGUGCCUGUAACUUGCAUAGCCUUUCUACACACACGUCCUGUAAUAGCAGGUCUAAUUUUAAAACUUCCUUUAUUACACUUUGUGGGUUUUUUUUAUAUAUAUAUAUAUAUAUAUAUAUAUAUAUAUAUAUAUAUAUCUUUAAUAGCCUUCAGGAGCCUCAUUAGUGUGAUUUUUAUUUAUUUUUUUAUUUUUUUUAAAUGGGUUUCUCCAUGCAACAUGACCAUUUCAGUAACUUGAAGUGAUCAUGGUGUCUGGAGUCUGUAUGUGCAUAGUUUUACUCUGAAGCACUGCACAUACAGAUAUUAAAGGGACUCUAUAGUCACCAGAACUACAGCUUAUUGUAUUUGGUUUUUCUGGUGAGUAUGAUCAUUCCCUUCAGUCUUUUUGCAGUAAACACUGUCUUUUCAGAGAAAAUGCAGUGUUUACAUUACAGCCUAGGGACACCUCCACUGGCCACUCUUCAUAUGGCUACUAGAGGUGCUUCCUGGGACAGCUCUGCCUAGUGUGCAGCACUGCCAUUUAAUGUCUCUACCCUCGGCAAAGAGACACUAAAUGUUCCUCAUAGCGCUGCAUUGAUUAUGAGGAGAUACUGAUUGGCCAGGGUUUGGCCUGUGCUGGCUCUGCCUCUGCCUCCUUGACCGUCUCAGCCAAUCCAAUACUUUCCUAAGGGCUUUGAUCAACACCUCUGAUGUCAGCCAAACAGGCAGAGCCAGUAGCAGAAUGGAAUAAAAGUAAGAUUUUACUAUAUUUAGGUCAGCCAGGGGGACUAGAAAGUGUUUUAACACUAUAUAGGGUCAGGUAUGCAAGAUCACUGCAGAAUCGGCAUCUGGCUACUGCUGCUCUUCAGCUGGCUGUAAUGGUUAUGAUGGUUGGAGUAACCCUUUAAAGUUCAAUUAGCAGAGCAGAAGGUGAGAAAUUCUAAAGUGAACACCAUGUGCUCUAAGACACUUUAAAGUUAAAUCAUUUUUCCAAGGUUGUGUGAUGCACACUUUGGGUGGCUGGGCUUACAUAAACAAGUCACUUAACUCCUAAAUAGCAGAGAACGAAGUAGUGAGUCUGCAGGGGCAUGAUCUGUAUACUAAAACUGUUGUAAGUUAGGUUUUUUUUGUUUUUUUAAAUGUUUAGUGUUUCCCUUUAAAUCGGUUUUGAAGGCUCCUCUUCAGGGCAUCUUAUUACUGAACAACUUCCUUACAUACUUUAUUACAAUAGUUACUCUUGAAUUUCUUUUGCAUAGAAAUGAUUUAGGAUUGCGAUAAAUGUAAUUACUUUAUGCUCCCUUGCUGUUAUAAAGGUUCUAGGGAAAGCAAUUGUCAGUCUGCGUUGCUGAUUUUAAAACUUUCCUAGCUUUCAACGCAAUUUGUAUACAUUUUGUAAAACAAAUCACAUUUUAAAUGUGACUGUACACAAAGCUGUGCUAAAAUAUUGUUUUGGAAAAUAGUCCCCAUGUCUCACAGCCUGUUCGUAAUACUGCUUUGGUGCAGAUAUAAUGGCUUGAUACAUUGUGAAAAUAGCAGCUAUCUCCAUAGUUGGAAUUUUUUUUUUGUAAGUAUUUUGUAGUUGGUAUUUUUCUUGUGGCCUACCUACAGUAUGCUGCGUUCUCUAAAAUGGAGAAUCCGUUCCAAUGGAUAAUUCUCUAAAAUGAUUUUUGUGUCUGAUAACUUGUGUUUUAUCUCAUCCAUCCUCAAUAGCAUAGUCUGUUGCCAACAUAUAUAAUUUUUUUUUAGCCAUCACGUGAAGUUGUUGAUACUUUGUCCGGUAGAUGCUAAAUGUAAAGAUAUACUUCUCUGACUGCUGGCUUCAUGUUUACGGGAGCGGGGGUUAGUGCUAACUUUUCGAGUGAAGACGGUAGAGUAAAAAGUGUUAAACUUUGUUGUUGGAAAAUCAAUUAAAGUAAUUUCAGUGUUUAGGUCUGUCAGUAAAUGUUACAUUUUUGGCUCCAACUAAAUGCCACUGGGUUUGGAUUUUUAAUUCUUGCUGAUUACAUUUGCCCUUUGCAUUUUCUUAAUUUUUUUUACCCCCAGUUAAUUCAGAAUCGAACACUUGUGCAGUUAUUUUUUUUUUACCCCAAAAUGUUCUAUUUCAGAUCUUAUGUUUGUUUCAUGUUUCAGAAUCAUUUGUGGUAUUUAUUUAAACUUUUAAGGAAACUUUCUUCCUCAUGAAGGGUUUUUUUUUUUUUUUUUUUUUUGAGUGCCAAGUGGUUACUACUAAUUGUCCUGUGAGUAAAUUGGUCAUGGUACAUAUGUUUCUCAAAAACUGGUUCUUUAGAUCCAAAAUUUACGUAAUUUGUUGUUGUGCAGGAAAGGAUUUUUUCCACCCACAAAGUCCUUAGACUGCAUGUUUUUCUUGUAGUGGCAAUUUUCAAAUUUGAAAUACAUGGUUUGCUUAUAUGCAUAUAACGAUUCCAUUGUACAUGGCAAAGAAUAGCCUUUGUAAGUGGAUUUGGAGGAUUAUAAGCUAAAAUUGCUCAAGUUGCCUGCACACUUUUAUACCUUGCUGGUCUAGUGAAGUCUCCGGCCUUUCUCAGAGGCUCUUUCUGAAGGUUGUCGAUGAUUUGUUCUAAAUUCCCAUUAUUUUCUUGGCUUUUCUCCUAUGGUAUAUGUGUCGUCUGGAAACUGAUUUGUAGUUGGUGAGGUAACAUACGUGGAGCUCUUAAUGGACGAUGAAGGAAAGUCAAGGGUAAGUCACUGUGAGAUCCCCCUUUCUACGGAUUUAUGAGUUCCCGUGUUAAAAAUGUGGGCGCCGAUAUCUUGGGAGACUAGGUUUUGUAUAACUAAACAACCUGGCAGUGUGUCUGGGUGGGAAUUCUUGGCAAGAUCUUUAACCUUUGUGCAAGAUCUGAAGGAAUCUUUAGUUGGAUGUAAUGGUUUUGAAUUUAUGUGGAGCAGAAAAUAAAGUGUCCUUUUAAGAUUUCCUUUACUGCCGUGGCCAAGUAUAAUGACACUUGUGAAUGGGUUUGCAACUAUAAUAUGUGACUUUAACUUGCAGUGUUAUCACAAACUUUAGACAUCAGUGAAAUCCGUACUAUCUUGGAUGUAUUUAUUUUCCAUCAAUAGACACUUUUUGUGUAGUAUUUUGAAAAAAGAUUUGAUUCUUCUGGCUCUGUUCCAUUUAGUUAGAAGUUUUGUAAGAAAUCACAUAUUUCCUUGCACUCAGUGACUAGUUGUAAAAUCUUGAUUUCGCUGGAGUGUUUGAGUAGCAGAGCACUGUGCUAUAUCCUUCGUUGUGAACAGCCCAAACUCUAAAAAAAAAAAUAAAUAAAUAAAAAAAAAAUGUCCUAGUUCUUACUAUUUAAACUAAUAUUUUCUUUUUGUUUUCUCCUCCUCUUUGUACAUGUGACCUGCUCAGGGAUGUGCGUAAGUAUCUUUUUUAUUAAAUAUGCUGCUUUAAUAAUAUAUAUUUUUUUCAGGUUGUGCAUUGCCUAACAAUCAAUUUCUCUCUUAUUCAGUUCUGUGGAGUUUAAACAGGAGGACAGCAUGAAGAAAGCUGUACAAGUUCUUAACAAGCAUGUUCUCAAUGGAAGACCGUUAAAAGUCAAGGAAGUACGUAAUGUGUAACUAUAGUAGGACUUUGUAUAAACAUGACUUACCCUAAAGGGAAACCAUAGUGCCAGGAAAGAAAUGUUGUAGUGCACACCUCCCCCAUGAGGUGCAGAAGGGGUUUAAAAACAAACAAAAAACACCUUCUGUCACUUACCUGGGUCCAGCGACGAUAUCCGCCUCCGUUACUCCCCUGCCAACAUCAGCCGGUGGGGGAGACACAUAAUGUCCAUGCCCGGCAAUGACCGUGAGCGCAUUAGGUUUUUCCCAUAGGAAAGCAUUAUACAAUGCUUUCCUAUAGGGAUUCCGGUGACGCUGGAUGUCCUCAUGCAUAGCGUGAGGGCGACCAAAUACUGCCUAACAGCCCAGAAGUCUCUCUGGCAGACAGUCCUUAGAGGUGGAUUUACCCCACAAAGAAAAAUAUUCAAUAAACUGAAGUGGUUUGGGUGUCUGUAAUGUCCCUUCAAACAUUUUACACAAAGCUGCAUUAGGACAUGCCAUAUUAACUGCCAAAUUUGAUGUCAUGAACAAAAAGCAUUAUAUAAUUCAAAUGAAUAUUCAUAUUGUUCAGUGCUUGUAAGCUUGCAUGUGCAAGUAUGGAGAAAUGCAGCAGAUAUUUAAAUUUUUAAUGAUUACUAAAUUCAGGCAAACUCAAAAUUCUGUGUUUUCUUUUUUGUUUGUUUGUUUUUUUUUUUUUUUAGUUUUACAAAUGCAUUCACAGCCAUUUGCAUUCUUGGCUCGGAAUGAGGAGUGAAUAGUGAUAAUAGGAUGAUUAUUAAUGUGCCUGAAAAUGAAGCACACAUGGCUGGAGGCACUACUAUGUCUUGAAUAGUUGUGUUGCUUAGAGAGUCCUUUUAACUUAAGUGUUAUUCAAGAAUUCUGCACUGCAAAAAUGUAUUAGUUUAGACCCACAAUGAUCAAGCUUCUGACCUGAGUCAUUGCACACAUAUAGUCUACUGGAGAGAUUCUGUAGAAGCAAUGAUACUGUGGUGAAACCUGCUCUAGCUGUGUUUUAUGAAUUUAAAGAAACACCCAAAACCCCUAAAGAACUUGAGAAAUCUGCACUUUUGUAAAUCACCUAAGUUGCAUCCUCUUUACUGUCAGACAAUUGUGAGGCUUUUAAUUCACUUGCUCAAUGUGGAAGUGAUGGUUUGUCAUAGAGAAGCACUGGAUUCAAUACUUUUUUUUUUUUUUUUUUGGUCGCCCAUGGUGUAGCUGUGUAAAGAAACCUAACUUGUCGCUAGAAAAAGGGCUUACUGCAAUUGAAUCAGAAGUAGUUAAUGGCAUACUGUUAUAGGGACUGUAAAUAAAAUUAUAUUGUAUUACCUGUUUGUAACCGUUUUGACAGUAGUUUUAAACAAUGUAAUCUGUGAGCUUUUUCUAUCUGGCAACUUAAUACCUUAUUACUGUGAAAACAUUUAUAUAUAAUAAAAUAUUGUUACUUUAUCCUAAUAAUGCACCAUAUGUGAUUCUUUCUUCAGGAUCCUCAUGGAGAGCGUUUAAGAAGAGCUGCACAAAGCAUUGUCUCUCAGGGCUCAAUGGGCAUGGGAGGUCCAGGUCCAAUGGGCAUGGGAGGUCCAGGUCCAAUGGGUAUGGGAGGUCCAGGGCCCAUGGGAAUGCCUGGACCAAUGGGUAUGGGCGGUCCCGGACCAUUAGGAAUGGGUCCUGGUCCAUCUGGUGGCAACAUGAAUAUCCCAGCCAGCAUUCUCAACAACCCUAACAUUCCUGUUGAUAUAAUCCACGCCUUGCAGUCAGGAAGGCUUGGGAGCACAGUCUUUGUUGCAAAUGUAAGUAUUCUGUGCCUUCCAUGUGUAAUCUUGAAAUUGAACAGCAGCUCUUUGAGAGCUGAAUUUCUAUCCUUUUAUUAUGAGACUUCUAAAUGCAUUAUUUAUAUAAUCAAAGGAAUUGGAACUGUGCUUGGUUAUAUUCUCUGGAAGCUAUUGUGAUGUUUUGCGUUAAAGUUAAAUGCAGUAUCAUUAACACGAUGUAUUUAACUGUUCGUUUGAGCUCUCUUCAAAGCUGAGAUUUUUAUUGCAUGAUCACCUUAAGAUCCUCUUAUGCCUUCUAGAGGCUGCACUGCCUCCUGAACAACCUAAGCAGAAACGAUUAAUUUUCGCUAUGAUGCACAGUUUAAUCUGACGUGAGGACGUGUGCUAUUCUUGCAGCCCAUGUACUUUGUCACUUAAAAAAAGUGCAUGAAUCUGAAACCCUACACCCUGUGGCUUCCAUUCAUGGCUGGCUGUGCCACGGCUUCUGGGUUUAGGAAAACUCCAAAAAUCUUAUUGGGGGCAAGUGGAAACUUUCAGUUAAUUUUUACUUGGGUUAUUACGUUUUUACAUUUUGGACUUUAAAAAAAAAAAAAAAAAACCUAAUUCAGUAUGUGCAGUUGGAUAUACAGUAUACAAAACAAUCGGGGGGUCUGAUUUGCACUUGUAAUGCAGAUCCAGUUUUGGUUACAAACAACUCUGACCUGCUUUCAAAACAGACGUGCUCACAUAUUUGCAUGGCCACUAGCAAAGUUAAGGAAAAUAAUCUGUGAACUGCCAGGUGGUGUUCAUUUUUAGGCUAAUGAGGCAAGCUACUAGUGUUGAAAAUAAAGUGGUGACAAAGAACACAGGUUUACAUUGGAAACAAUACAAUAACAUUUUUUUACUGUCCUUCAAAAGCUGGUUUGUAGUUAAGGUGAACUUAAAAUGAUCGUUGGUGUGUUUAUAGCUUGAUUACAGCGUGGGAUGGAAGAAGCUGAAGGAAGUAUUUGGCAUUGCUGGAACUGUGAUGCGAGCCGAUAUAUUGGAAGAUAAGGACGGAAAGAGCAGAGGGAUUGGCACAGUUACCUACGAACAGGCAAUUGAGGCAGUCCAGGCAAUCUGUAUCCUUGAGUCAAAUUGAAACAUUGAAUAUUAAUGACCUCAUAUUUACACACACACAUUAUCUUUUUAAAUUGUACUUUGACGGUGUUUAUUCCGCUAUAUAAAGGCUAUGUGAAUUUUUUUUAUUCUUUAUUUUGUUGUGCAAAGGUUUGACAGGCAAGCAUUUCAUGCCACAACAGCAAAUACAGACAGUUCAAUAAGCAAAAUACUGUGGCAUGUAAUAGAACUGUACAUUUUUCGGUAAUAAAUAGGCUUUCUAUGUGAAUUUUACACAUAAAGUUUACAGCAAAAUGACAAAGUAAAUUACCAAGUUACAUUACGCUGAUGUUUGCAUGUCAUUGUGUCCCCCUGUAUGAGUGUCAUUCUAUGUAUCUGAAUAUUUUUGUAGAGUGGGGGGGUUGCUGUAAAUGGUGUUAUUACAUGUCAGGGAGUGUGGGGGGGUGCAGGGUCUAUGGAGCCCAAACAAAAUGCUUGCUCAUGGUCCUAUCAAUAUUAGACGGCCCUGGUGUAGUAAUACUUGUAAUGUAAAACUUCCUUGACUGACUGAUAGCUAUGUUCAAUGGCCAGCUGUUAUUUGACAGACCUAUGAUGGUGAAAAUGGUAAGCUUCUUUGUCAUAGACAAGUGAUUUUUCUUUUUAAUAUUUUUUCUUUUUUUUUUUUUAGUUGUUACUGAAACAUUACCUUUGUAUUUUAAGCAAACUUAAAUAUUUAACAGUCAUGCCACAAGUGAGGUUAGCAAAGAUUUAAUCAAGAGACUUAAUAUAAAACUAUGACAAGCAUGUGUUGUCUAGCAUCUCUUGCAGGAAUAUUUUUUAUUUUUUUUGUGUGUGUAUUUCUACACACUGAAUGGUCAGUGUGUCAAUGGGAGACAUUAACCAGAAAUUCUAUUUUUAGUUAACUGCUAAAACAUUAUAAAUACUGGUAUAGGCAGUGCUGUGAUGUAUUUGUGAAUUUCCAACUAUAUUUUGUAGGAUGAUAAAGCCAUGCCUAAAGGAGACAUGUUCCCUGCUGAUCGCCCUCCACAACUUCCACGUAAGUAAAUAACAGUGCAUUUGUUCAUCAUAUAUGUGCAUCUGAAAAAAUGUUUAUCCAUAGAUAUAAUUGGUGAACUUAAGCCAUGUUUGCCAACGGUGGCAUUCAAUAUCUGCUAAAAAGGCAGGCUCUAAAAGCAGGAAAGGAAACUAAAGGACUGGAAGGGUAGGAAGGAAAACUUACUUGAUUAGAAGUGAAAACCCAUAUGGUGACUUUUCUUUAUUUUAAUAUUGGCACAAACUGCUUGACUUUAACGGAGCGGAUAUGAAAGUAAAACUGACAUGGUGAUAUAACAGACAAAGAGAAGGGGAGAGGGACUUGAGAGAGGGCACUGAAAGAUAGAACUUUUGGAGGACUGAGCUGAAAGAAUCAUGAGUGGUAGAACAGGAAUCUAAAAUGAGUUUCACUUUAACAUUUUGUGGGAUGUCUGUAAAUGCAAUAACGUCAUGUUAAAAUAUAUAUUUUGUAGGUGGUCUUGGAGGCAUUGGGAUGGGUCUAGGUCCUGGUGGUCAACCAUUGGAUGCCAACAAUUUAAGAGGUUCAGGUGGAGGUCCUGGUGGUAAGUGACUUUGCUGAGAAGUAUUUAGAUGUGUCCUUGCAAAAUGCAUCCCAAAAAUUUUUACAUCCGUAUUUUAGUAACCAUGUCUAGGUAGCCAGACUUUUUUUUGCCAACAGCCAAGCUAUACAUUGCUGGUGACUUGCCAGCUUCAUAUACUUACCCGAGAAAAUGGUUUCCCAUGCAACAUUCUGCCUUGGCCAUGCCAGUUUAUACCAACAAUGGGCAGAGGUGAUAGGCCUAGAGCUGCCAGCUAACACUGCACUUGAAUUACUACCACUCACUUUUGCUCAAACUAAUGUGCAAGCAUUAGCCUGAGCUGCAGAGAGGGUGAGCGUCUGGGAAGACACGUUCAGUAUAUACGGUUUAUAAACCAAAAACAAAGUUUAACACAUAAUUUGUGGACUCCAUGCACUUCCCCUUUUAAAGGAAUAUAUAGGGUUAGGAAUACAAACCUGUAUUUUUAAUGCUAUGGUGCCACUGUCCCUAGUUCGAUACAAGUCUACCUUUUUUUUAUUUAAAUGAAAUUAAGAGAAAAGCUUUUACUGGUACUCUGCUGCUCACCUCUCCUCCUUCUGCAUUGUUAUUGCGGAGGAAUGGUAUAUAUCCUAUCCUAGUAGAUUAAGAUCAAAAAAAUCGAUAUUUUGCUAAGGAGUCCCUUUCUUUAUAGGCUUUUGUUUCUGUAAUUUUUAUAAAAAUUUUUACGAAGGCUCAAUAGUAACAUUUUCUUAUUGUGUAGGUUUGGGCAUGGAUUCCAUGAGCUAUGGAAUGAACAAAAUAGGUAAGUGCCUUUUACUAUGUACCUUUUCCUGCUCCCUCAAAGCAGGAAGUGUUGUGUCCCUUAGAUACAUAUAGAUAGAACUAUUUGUUUAUGCUCCAUAAUUCAGAAGUUUUAGUCCUCUUCCUUUGCCAACCUUUCAUUUUAGUGACUCUAAUUUGUAGGUAAUCUAGGAGACUGCCUUUUUUUUUUUUGGAUCAUUCUUAAAGAAUGUUUAUGGGUGUCCUGUGAGUGUGACUCUCUCUAUAAAGUACUUUGUUAACUUUGAAAUUUGCAAGUAUUGAAAUUAGCUGCAAUGACUAGCAAGUGCAAAGAAAGCAUAUUAAAAAGGAAAUGUCACUUCCUCAAUUCUAGCACAGUUAAAUAGCUUGGCUAUUUGUUGUGGGGGCGAAAAAAACUCUGCAAAGUGGAGUAGCACGUAUUAAAUAUUGGAUGUAAUCUGCAUAUCACAAAUAUAUGUAAAUGUAUUCAAACUAAAGAAGCAUACUUAAAAUACAUGAACUCAGUUCGUAAAAUUGUUUCCACAAGACAAUCGUGUGGAUUGCAUAAGGAUAUGAACUAUAUUUAUAGGCAAAUAGAACUUAUGGGGGUGGUAAAAAUCUGUCCAUUUACCCCAUGAUUAUCCUGGCUUAUAGGUUUUUACAGUUUUCUAUACCCUGUUAUCUCUGUGUGGCCAAAAUGUUAUGCACUGCCCGCAUUAAUUUAAGUAUGCUUCUUUAGUCUUAAUUUAUAUAUUUGUGCAAUUAUCUAAAAGACUUAAUAUAUUUCUUAUAAUCCUAAACAGAGGUGAAGCAGCAAAGAGCAGUCACUCUUGAAAUUUUAGUAUGGGUACACUGUUCCUGAGCAGGAAACAAAAGCAUAAUAAAUUGUGUAUUUUUUACUUGUUUAGAAAAAGUACAGUUAUUAUUUUUUUUAUAGAACUUGUCUUGAUCAUGUAUUAUAACUCUUGUAAAACUUUUAUAUCUGCUUUAGGUCUUGAAGGACCUCCUAUUGGUGGAAAUGGCGGUCUGAGCAGAUAUGGAUCAGGAAUGGGACUCGGCAGAAUGAAUGCUGGUAAGCUUUACAAAUAUCCACUCCUAUUAUUUGUAUUGAGGGGUAAACAGGCAGACUCAUUUUCGAUUUAAAUCUACAAAAUACAUUCCGGUAUAACUGUGCCAAAAAAAAUCUCCUCCUUUGGUGUCCAAAAUGUCUAUUCAAAGCCCAUGCUACUGUAAUAGAACAGAUAAUAUAUGGGAACACAAUUAUAUAUGUGUGUGUGUGUAUAUAUAUAUAUAUAUAUAUAUAUAUAUAUAUAUUAUAUAGUAAAACACAACAAAUUUUGAUUGUAAAUAACGUCCUAUUUGUAUUUAAGGGAAUCGUAGAAAAAUUUAUAUUGUAUAAUCUUUGGCUCAUUAACAUUACACAGUUGCAUAUACAAAGGCUAUGACUGUAAUCACAGAAGAAUUGACUUCUCUCAACUUCAUAAAAAUGGCAAAUAAAAUAUGUUGCUGCUUGAUAUAGUUUUAAAUGUUCUACUUAUCUUGCAAUAAUUUGUUGAUCCACAAUUGUUCAGUGCGCUUUAUAAAUGGAAUCUGCUUGGUACCAUUCCACUAGUUUACAACAAAUUCCAAGCAUGCGUUGCUAGUACCCUGGCUUUUUAAUGGGUCCCAGUCUUUUCUUUUCUUUUUUUUUUUUUUUUAAUUUUGUCCAAUUGGUGAUAUAGAGCAGUGUUACUGAACCCAUUACUGGUGGCUCACCAAAAGUCCAGGUUUUAAUAAAACAGGGAAAUACAUAAAUCCUCGAUUGUUGGGGAACUCUGCCAUACAGAACUUUUCUAAAUCUGCAAAGUCCUGGACCUAUAAAGGGGGAAACUGGUAUCUUCUGUCUAUUAUAUGCACCUAAAACAUUUUUGGGAUUAAUAGAAGUAUUCUACAUAUUUCAGUGUGCGACAUGUUAUAUAGGUCACUGCUUUCCCUUUUUUUUUUUUUUUUUAAAGGGACAUUGUAAACACUAAAGCCGCUAUUAUUAUUAUCAUCAUUUAUAUAGCGCCAACAGAUUCCGUAGCGCUUUACAAUAUUUAGCUUAAUGUAGUGUUUAUGAUGCAAAAAGUGUCACUGUGGUCUCACCAUUAUAAAUCUUGCAGUUUCUAAGGAAAUGCUGUCUUAUAUUUGUCACAAAGGACACUUAGUAGCUGUCACUCAGACAGCUGCUAGAGGUAGUUUGUUGCGUCCUGCAAUCUUUGCAUCACUUCCCAUAGAGAUGCAUUGAGUGAAUGAAUAUCUGUUGGCAUUCUAAUUGGCGCGAUGUUCCUUUUAAAAUCUUUUAUGGCUUAAAGAAAACUAAGGUAAGCUUGUUUCCAUAGACAACCAGAUGUGUCAACCCGAAGAUAACUUAUGAACUUGUGUGUUCUUCCUGAAUACGUAAUUGACUGUGAUAUCAGAUUAACCAUACAAAAGUUAAUUAUCAAAUAUGGAUAAAUAUAACUGUUUAUAUUUCAUGUGUUCAUAAACGGUCUCGUCUCCCUCUUUAGACAUUGACCGUGGAUUGACAGCUGGCUUUGACAGAAAUGAACUGAGUUCCUUAUCCAGAGGUUACAGUGACCCUAUUGAUAGAGGGUUAGGUAAGUUUUAUGUGUUUUUGUUUUCCUUGAAUUGUACGUAAAUAUUUUAAACCCGGUUAGCUUCAAAUGUUUACAAAAAAAAUUUGUGGACAAAAAUUGCAUAGUCUUAGUGAUUAGCACUGUGGUGCUUUUUAGUAUGCUUAAAUUGAGCAUUUUCCUUGUGCACUUUCAUGGUCCACAAAACAUUGGUUUUCUAGCCCCAUGCCGUAUACGGCAUAUAUUUUUUGUCUUAAUAUUAAAAUAAAUCACUAAAUCAGUGCUAUGGUAAAGUUUAUGGACAGAACAAUAUUUACACAUUAAAAUAACAAAUCCUCAGACUUUGGAAGUAUCCAUCACCAUAUCUUAAUACAUCUUUGCAUGCAUGACAAAUUAUGCAAGGUGAUCUUGUGAGGCAAUGGGGGGGGGGGGACACUGGGUGUGAAAGUGGGUAUUGUGAGAGGGCUUGACAAAAGAAUUGGAGCUUAUCUUAAAGGGACACUACAGCUUGUAUUUGUUUUGGUGAGUAGAAUAAUUCCCUUCAGGCGUUUUGCAGUAAACACGGUCUCUUUUCAGAGAAAAUGCAGUAUUAAUAGCCUAAGGAUACCUCCACUGGCCACUCCUUAUAUGGCUACUAGAGGUGCUUCCUCUGGCAGUGCUGCACACUGUGCAGCACUGCAUUCAGUUUUUCCAUCCUCUGCAUGCAGACACUGAACUUUCCUCAUAGAGAUACAUCUCUGAGGAGAUGCUGAUUGGCCAGGGCUGUGUUUGACUUGUGCUGGCUCUGCCAUUGAUCUGCCUCCUUGACAGUCUUAGCCAAUCCAAUGCCUUCCUAUGUUAUUGGCUUUGAUCACCACUUCUGAUAAUGUCAGCCAAGCAGGGAGAUCAGGGGCAGAGCAAGCAGCAGCAGACUGGAAUAAAGGUAAGAUAUAGAUAUAUAGAUAUAGAUAGAUAUCUCUAUCAAGGGGUGCUAGAUCGUGUUUUUAACACUAUAUAGAAUCUGGAAUACAUGUUUGUGUUCCUGACCCUAUAGUGUUCCUUUAACACAUUGUACAGUAAAAUAUAACCUGUUGGUUAUUUACUAAAGUAAACAUUCAUAGGAAUCCAAAGUGAAUUUCACAUUUAAUCUAAUAUGAUGGGUAAUCAAACAAAAUCAAGAUAAGAUUUUACUAUAUUUAGGGGGAGCCAGGGAGCUAGAUGGUGGUUUUAACAUUAUGUGGUCAGAAAUACAGGUUUGUGUUCCUGACCCUAUAGUGUUCCUUUAAGCUCCACCCUUUGCCAGUAUUGUCAAGCAAUUAAUCUACAUGGUAUGACUACAAGAGAUGUAUAGAUCAGAAAUUAAGAAAAUGGCAUAUAUUGGAAGAGAAAGAUAAGAGGAAAUGAUUAGAGAGAGGCAAGUUUGGGGCGACAGUUGCUUUAAAAGAGAAUGCAGCAUUACAUGGGGCAAAGGGUAACUCAAUAUGAGUGAUCAGUGUUUUAGUCAGUGCAGUAAUUCAUUUAAAUGGUUUCCCUUUAAUGUGCAGGGCUUAAAGGGUUGCCAGUUAUAUGCAGCCUAUGUUUAAAGCGGCUGUCACCAAUCCCAAAAGCGAAAAUUUCUUAAAGAUAAAAUCUUUAUGAAAUGCUCAUAAAGACUGUUGUAAUUUCACUGAAAUCUAGUCACAAUGUAUUUAAUACAAAGUAGGGUUUCCUACUUUUGACAAAAAAGGCAGAGCUACAGUUGUGAAGCUUUGUCAAGCCAUUGGCUGUAACUAAUGCUGUAUGAGGGGAAAAAGCUCUGUCUAUGGAGAAUCCCCUUUUGUUGCAGGAUCUUUCAUAGAUAUCACUGUUGUACUCUCACAUGUGCGAGAGGACAGCACUGAUGUUGGCUCCUGGCAGAUGAAGUGCUAGGAGACCAAGGCAGCUACGAGGGACAGGUUCAGGGAAGUAAAAUUCACCUGUCCCUUCAUCCUGCGGCCACCUCAAUGCAUAUUUUUUGCACUUUGCUGUUUAAAAAGACUUUGGAGGUGACACACUUUAAAAAUAACAGUGGAAACGGUAGAUUUGCCUUAGGUCGUUAUGCUUUAAAAUAUUUGAAUUCUGGCCUUUAAAUGAGUACAUUUGUAGCUAAGACCUCAUGUUACAGCUGUUGUAACUACACCAUGCACACAAAUCCUGCAAGUGAUCUCAUGCAUUCUGGAGAACACAUCAAAUAUAAAAGCAAAUGUAACCUAUUAAAAGAGGGUAGUGUCACAUGCCAAUUUACAUAUCAAUUUACAGAAUCAAUUUCCGGGAAAGCAAAGCCAGGGAGAACAUUGCAAAUGAGGAGCAGUAAUAGAAACUUGGUCUAAAGCACUUUCAUGUUAAAUGUUUUUUAUUUUUCUUUACAAAAAGAAAAUUAGGUUCUAAUUUUCAUUAUGUAUUUUCUUCAGCUUGACAAAGGACAGGGCUUAAGUCAUACUCCUUUGUCAAGACAAAUUAUGCCAUAAUAUGCUUGCCAGUCACAUCACUUGGGCUCACAUAUUGCAAGUUUAUAUAUGCCCAUUGCUGUAGAGAGCAGCAGAGAUAUGAGAUCAGACUAACUCAGAGGAAGGUAGAAAUUCAAUGUUUCUGCAUGGCUGAGGAAAAUGGCUACGGCUGGAAAAAUGAUCUGGCGCCAAAAGGCUAUAAAGAAGGAGGUAGACAAAAACUAAAUUGUUGGAACUCUGAGAAGAUAAAAUAAAAUAAAAAUUGCCAUUGACUGCUUUAUUUUUAUUUUUUUUCACCCCUCACAAAAAUGUUUACUUAUUCUGAUAUUUUAUAAUCCUGACAACAGUUCUCCUUUAAAUUACCACAUUUAUAGCUUCUCAAAGGACUACUAUAGUGCCAUGAAAACAAACUUGUUUUCCUGGCAUCCUGUAGUCCUUAGGUCCCACCCUCAUGGCACCCCUCCUACUGGGCUGAAGUGGUUAAAACCCUUUAUCCAGCGCCGGGCUCCCUCGGCGCUGAUGACAUCUUUUCCCCCUCUGACAUUGGCUCCCAAGUGAAACCUACUCAGUGCUUUCCUGUGGAUGCCAGCUUCUCACUGUGAUUUCUCUGAAACUUCUAUGUUUUCAGCUGCAGGGUUAAACCUAGAGGGACCUGGCACCCAGACCACUUCAUUGAGCUGAAGUGGUCUGGGUGCCUAUAGUGGUCCUUUAAAGAUUAAAAUGUGAUCCCUAAGGAUCCUAAGCUAGAAUAGAAUGUCCUGCUUAUUUUGAAAUUGCAGCUCAACACAGCCUUGAAUUUGUUAAAUGAAUGAAACCUCAGACUGCAUAAUAUAAAAUGUUUUUGUUUUUUUUAACCUGUGCCACCACUUUGAAUUGAAAGAAACCUGAACACAUUUUAACUGUAGAUUGAUUAAAUAGCUUAUAACAUUUACCAAAAGUCAGUGUUUGAAGAUGAUUAAAAAUAUUUACAAAAGUGUCUUUGUUGUUUUUGUUUUUUUUUGUUUCCCUUUUUUAAUUUAGGUUCUGGAGCAAGCAGUCUUGGUUCUACCAUUGAACGACUGAGCUCAGCCAUGGGGAGAGGGGGUGUAGACAGAGUAGGAUCAGACAUUGACCGAAUGGGGCUUGUCAUGGAUCGCAUGGGUCCUAGUUCAGAUAGGAUUGGCUCUGGUAUUGGUUCAAAUAUAGGUUCUUUAGGAAUGGAUAUAUCCACCAGCAUUGAUAGAAUUGUAGCUUCUAGUUUAGACCGGAUGAGCACUGGUAUUGGCUAUGGUGUGGACAGAAUGGGCUCUAAUAUGGAUAGAGUUGGCUCAAGCAUAGACAGAAUGGGGUCCAAUUUGGAUCGUAUUGGCUCUGGCAUAGAUAGAGUUGGUGUUGGAAUGGACCGUUUGGGUUCCUCAUCACUGGAUAGAAUGGGAUCAGGACUAGAUCGUAUGGGGCCUGUUAUGGACCGCUUACCACCAGUUGAUCGCUUAAAUGCUAAUUCUUUGGGCAGGGUUGGGUUAGAUCGCAUUGGCUCAGGCUCUUUGGACAGAAUGGGCGCAGGCCUGGGGAUUGGUUCUAGCAUGGGAUUAGGGAUGGGUUCAAACUUUGACAGGCCUAUGGACAUGGACCACAACAAGUUUGGAAGCAACUUUGGAGGAUCCUUUGGCGGAACUGGCAAUUCUCGUCCAGGUGCAAUGCCCCGGAAGGGAUGUCAAAUCUUUGUACGAAAUGUAAGUGAUGCUUUGUUUGGAAUGCUAUUUCUGCCUAUUCUUUUCCUGCCGUUGGGUCAUGCUGUGCUGUACUCCCGUGGGAGGGGCAGCUGUGACGGCUGCUUUAAUGAUUGCUAAUAAAAUGGGAACACUCAGGACAUAUUCAGCAAGACUAGCUUGAAAGACUACAUUUUGAAAGACUUGUGUUUUCCAUACUUUACCAUGUAAAAUUCAAAUAACUAUUUUAAGACUCCAUGAAAGCAGCUUUGCUCAUUUCAUAGAUACUCUUUAGGGCAGUUACUGUUUAGAUAAAGGUCACCAAGACCUGGUGUUCUGUGUUGGCUGUUAUAAUGCCACAAGCCUUUUGUGUCGAGGGCUGUUGUCAAAACUAAAGUACUGCAGAAUGUUAUAAAUGUCAAUAAUUGUUUGUUUUUUACUUUAUAUGUGGAAAUCCACACUGUGGUCCAUUCAGGAAUCCACUUGUCUAAGACAGAACUAAACUUGAUGUUCAUCAUGUCAAAUAUAUUAAUGUUCCAAUAGUUUUGUGGGUUUGGUAUAUCCUCUGGUGUUGACUUGAUCUUAUUCUCUCCUCCACAGUUGUCUUUUGACUGCACAUGGAAAAUGUUGAAAGACAAGUUCAACGAUUGCGGUAAGUUGCAAUUCUGCUUAUUUCUUAAAUAUGUAUUGAAAAAGCAUGGCUAUGGGGUGUUACUCCAAUCAAAGACAGUGUUUUGUAAUUUAUUUAUUUUUCGGGGUAUGAAAUCACUUGGGAGGCUGGGACAGCAUGUGCUGGAGGACUAGAAAAUGGAGGGGAUGGGGGGCUAUUGAGGGGGUCAGGGCAAUACCACCUUUGGUCAUCUGUUGGUGCUAUGCAUGCUGACUGAUGCAAAUAUCUGGAUAUAAUUUAGCCAGGCUGGACUGGUUAAUGAUGCAGAAAUUGAGUUAUAACUCAAAUAGCAAAAUUCCUUAACUCUGUCUAAAUACUGACUCUAAGCAUCAUGACUGCUUUAAAUUGCUGAAGUACUUUUGGUGCUUUGAAUAACCCGUUAUGCUUGUAUGAAGGGAAAUACAAAACAUUUUGCUUGUGGAUAUUUGUAAUUUUUAUGUAUACAAUAAUUUUGACGAACUAACUUUUAAACUUGGUUUACGGCAUCCUUUCAGGCCAUGUUGUGUAUGCUGAUAUAAAGAUGGAAAAUGGGAAAUCCAAAGGCUGUGGUGUGGUGAAAUUUGAAAGCCCAGAAGUAGCUGAAAGAGCAUGCCGCAUGAUGAAUGGAACCAAACUUGGAGGAAGAGAAAUUGAUGUCCGAAUGGACAGAAAUGCGUAGAUGGGGCUUUCUUAUAGCCUUUGUUAAAUCAUUUUUUUUUUUUUCCUCACUUUUUUUUUAUGUAAGAAUCGCUGCUGUAGGGGCAGACACGUUCCCACUAUGUUUAAUUUCUGUUUUAAUUUACCAGUUUAAAUUUUAUUGUGACCAGUGUGCACAUAUUUUGUAGUUGUAAAAGUAUGUUCAUUUUUGUGAAACUACAGAAAUAAAAAAUACAUUUUUAGAAAGUUUCUUUAAAUUGUCAAUAUCAUAAAUGACCUGACCAUAAGCAUGUCUCUAGCUUUAUAUUUUGUAUCAUUUAAUCAUAUGCAUGGUUAGGUUUCAAUUAAAAUAUUAAAUUUAACAUCAGUAAA